GACCCAAUAAGACGUACAACGGAAACUACAUAUCCCAGAACACCAUCAACUUCCGGUGCGAGAGAGGCGUUCUACGUCAUAUACGGCAAGUUUCCAGCGGACUUGUUAUCGGGAGAUUAAGUUACCACCAGCGCGGGAUCGUGCCUAUUUGAAAAGAGAUUAUUUUUGCGGAGUUCCGGAUAACAGGAAAAUGGAAGAAUCUUCUCAAGAAAACCUUACCACGCGUUCUUUGCUAAAGGGUAUUUUAGCAACUGAGAUAGUUCGUCCGGCAGUAAAACACCAACCUAAACGAAGUAUUCGUCAUGCAUCUGUGUCUCGUAUACAACAAGAGAAGAUUCCUGCAUCUCCAACAAUGAGUCUGAGAAGCCAGAUGAAGGCAAGAGUGAGACAAUCUUUUGGAAAACUGGCUCCAGAAAAUUCAUCUGUGCAAAGAAAUGCUAACACAAAGAAGAAGAAAUCUGUAAACAAAGGAUUUCAGAAUAUUGUAGAAGAGUUGAAUAAUAUCACCCCACAGAGUUUAUUAAAGAAAAUAAUACAAAAUGAGGAUGAAGUUUCCAUCGUAGUUUCACAAAGAUCUAAAGCUGCAGCUGUUGAUCAUACUGAACAGGAAGGCACUUUUGAAACCAAACAGAGUAGUCUGAGUAUUGUAGACCUGAGUUUGCCGGAUCUGCAAGACACAGGACAAGUUAAUGUCUUUAGAAUUUCUCGCAAAAAGAAAAGAAUGAACAGUUCUCAGUUUGAGAGAGAAGUAGAUGAAAAGCUCCCAAAAGACAGAGAUAACAGCAGUAAACUGAAAGACAAUGUUGAAGAGCGUAGCUCAUUAGUAAAUUCCAGUGUGAAGACAAGGUCUUUUCAGGAUCACUUAGAUGUUUCUCUUGAUCCACAAUCCACAAACAAGAGAGCCCUACUUCGAAAGCCAAAUAAAGCAUUCCUUGUAUCUUUAGGUGACUUUGAACAAGGCGUUGAAGACAAGUAUAAUCUCAUAAAAGGCUCCCAAGAAUGUUUUGUUGAAUCAAUCAUGGAGGACAAGUCAUCUGUUUCUACAAGAGGGGUUGCAGAGUUAAAUACAGAACUUUAUGUCCCACCAUUACUGUCAGAAAUAAACACCAUCUAUUCUGAGAAAAGACUUAGCAUGUCUAAUAGUCUUGUUUCAAGUGAGAAAAAUAAAUAUGGAACAGGCAAUAUGUCAAAUAGUGCUAACAUUAGAAUUAAUGUUCCUCCUAAAGCUGUGUUUCCAGAUAUACAGAAGACUGAAGUGAUGGAGGAAAAGUACUCUGCAACAACUAGUAAUACAUGGAAAUCUGUACUGAUGGUGAAAGAUGUUGAGCACUUGGAUACAAAUCAAAGCAUGCAGAAAUCUUUACCAGGGGUGAAGUAUGCAAAUAAAUUUGAAUCGGAUAAAAACAUACAUAAAUCUGUAUAUGCUGUGAAAAAUAUCAGUCACUUUGGAACAAAACAAGAGCAAGUCACCGAGAAAUCUGUAUCGAUGGAGGAAGAUUUUAAACACACUGAAGAAACUAGAAGCACAGAAAACUCUGUUUUAACAGUGGAGGAUGCUAGAUCCUUUCAGUUACAUCAAAGCCUUUCAAAGUCCCGUCUCCAAGACAAAGAUGGUAGGCCUACUACACCAUAUUGGAAAAUGCAGAAGUCUGAACUGGUGGAGGCAAAAGAGAGAGGCUCUUUUGAUUCAAAUGUCAAUAAAGGAGUUGAGAUGAUGGAAACUGCAGAUAGUGCAAAAUAUGAAACCUUGCAUACAGUUUUAACUGAAACUAAAGGGAAGCAUGAAUUAAAUAGUCUUUCUUGGAAGAUACAGAAUUAUACAUUCAAUAAAGAAGAUGGUAACCAGUAUACAGAAUCCUUAAAUGUCUCAUCGAGACAGGAAGAUAAUUCUGAAUCUUCUCAAGGCCAUAAUAGUGAAAAUUUUCUUCAGACUGAAAGCACCAUGGAAGGUGAUGUCAUCAGUCCAGAAUAUCCAGCAAAAGUUAACAAGCAGUCUAUGAUCUCAGCGCUGAUUGAAACACCAGCUUAUAUUAGGAAAGCCCGUUUGACGAUUCCUCCCAAUAAGCUUGUUGGUAAGAAGAUCCAUAGGAAAACUGCCUUGAAGACAAAGAAAGAUGGAUCAGCAUUUAAGAGCAGUCUUGUGAAGAGGAUACUUAGUCUUCAUGCCAAAAUGCAACUGUCUAAGAACGCUUCCACUGAUGCUGAAAAAUCUUUAGAAAUGUUCUUGGACCAGAUGACUAGUGAUUUGGCUGCAUACACUGUUCAUGCCAACAGAAAAACUAUAACACUUGCUGACCUGGAGCUUCUAAUGAAAAGGCAGCACUUGGUGACUGAUACUACUUCCUUCAAUGUACUUAUUGAAAGACAUUUACCCCUUGAAUGCAGAAAACUUCUUAUUUCAUGUGCCAUGAGUGGAAACCAGGUGUACCCGAAGAUGUAGCUUUAGCUUGUUUUAUUAACAUAUGUUAAUAUUAAACAGUUUUAAGUUGAA